AUGGAGGGGGAUGUCGUUGUGCUUGACUCAUCUGACGAGGGCGACGGCGAUGGCGAUGGCGAGGGCGGCGGUGGCGCCUCGACAGCGGCCUCUGCACCCGCUGAGCUCGGCCCCCCAUCCUCCCGCCCUGGGGCACUUGGAGGCCCCACCGACGUCGCCGGCGCCUCGGCCCCCAUGCCGCCAGCGCGCCAGCAACGCGCAGACGGCGCAGACGGCGCGAAAGACGCGGCGGCGAGCGGCGAGCUGUACGUGAUGGAUGCGUGCGGCUGCCGCGCUCCGCGCGCGGCGUUGGCCGCCGCUCUUGUUGAAGCGGCACGCCGCCACGUGGAACCGCUUGGUGGGGCCGCAAGCCCCACUACCCGCGCCGCAGCCGGCAGUGGCGGCGCCGCGCCGCCGGCGGCCCCCGCCGCAGCGGAGGGCGUGGCCGCCCGCGGCGGCGCGACGCUCUGCGCCGCGCUGCGCGCUCUGGCGUGCUGCGCGUGCUGUGUGCCGGCCAGCAACCAGGACCUGCUGCGCCUGCUGGGCGGCGAGGGCUUGGGGCGCGUCUACGCUGCACUCGCCACGCGCAUCGCGCAGCUAGCCGGCCCUCCAGAGAGGGCCGACGCGGCGGCGCCUGCGCCAGGGGCGCCCAGCAGCGGCGCCGGCGGCGGGGUGCCGCCAGCGUGCGGGGCGUGCGGGGGGAUCAGCAUGCUGCCUGCCGCGGCGCUGCGGCCGGGGGCGGCGCACCCGGCGCGGCGGAUCGUCAAGCGUGCGUACGACGCGCGCAGCGGCACCGGCGGCAGCGGCGGGGCGGGCGCGGCUCCGCUGCCGGCGGCGGGGCAGGAGGCCGCGGCGGCACUGCUGCAGGAGUUGGGGCCGACCUGCCUUUGGUACUGCCCAGGCUGCCCCGCAGCCGUCGACCCAGCAGCAGAGGCGCGCGCGGCCGCCGAGGCCGCGGCGGCGGCCGAGGCGGCGGCCUCCGGCGACGGCGCAGGCGGGGCAGCUGCAAAGUCGGCGAGCGCGGCGGCGGUGGAGGCGUGGCAGCUGUGCUGCCGCCUGCAAGAGGCGCUCUUGGGACAUAAGGAGGGCGGGACUGGUGGCGACGGCGCAGCAGCACCCGCGGGCAACGGCAGCGGCGGCGGCGGCGGCGGCGGCAGCGGCAGUGCGCCCGCUCCUGGCAGGGGCCGCGGCGGGCGCGGCUACAGGGGCCGCGGCUGGGGCCGCGGGGGCCGGAGCCCCGUGGCCUGGGCCAAGGGUGUCGGGUACGGCGGGGAUCAAGGGCACGUGGGGUUGGCAGCGGCAGACCUACAGGCGGCGGAGCGGCGCCAGCGCUCAGAGGACGCGGCGUCGCGCGCCGCCCUGUCGGCCCUCUGCGCAUUCGUGUCCGGCGCCACCGCCGGCGGCGCCGCCGGCGUCGGCGCGCCUGCCGGCGCGGCGGCCGCGCUCGUCUGCGGGCCGCUGCGCUAUUGCCUGCGGCGGCUGUUCUCAAACGACUCCAUCCACGACAUUACGAGCAGGCGGGAGCUGUACUCUGAAGCGAUGAGCCUGUGCCGCCUCCUGGGGUCCAGCGCCGACCUACUGCCCAUUCUGCAGCUGCCCGCGGCAGACCCCGGCGACGCCGACACCGACGAAAACGAGGGCGGUUGCGGCGGCGAGGGCGGCGCGGGCGGCGUCACGGCGGGGCGGAGCGUGCUGGCGGCGCUGCGGCGGCUGGACACGCAGUGCGGCGUCGUGAAGCGCAGCGCGCAGGAGCUUGGAGAGGGGGACGACGCUGACGUGGCGGCGCUGUCGGUCGCCCUGGAGCUGUCGGAGCUGUUUUCAAACCUGUCAGAGGCGGACGCCCUGCUGAGCGAGGCCAUGCGCCAGCGGCUGCGCCGCAUCACAUCCGAGCUGGGAACCCUUAGCACCAGCCUCCCCCUGGCGCACGGCACGGGCGUGCUGCUCGCCGUGGACGACGUGCGGCUCGACGUGCUGCGCGCGGUGCUGCUGCCGGCGCCGGACACGCCGUGA